UAGCAAUGUUCUCGCAAGGCAAUGGGACGUGUGUUGUUAAUCGUAAGGCCACAUUCUUGACAGAGAGAAGGCGGUUGUCUUUAGAAAGUGAUCAGAGGGUUGGGAAAGACAAGGCUAAGGGUUAUAAGCAACCAGGGAGAGACUUUGUUUGUCCCCCUGUUCUGGAUGCCCAGCUAACCCACCACUGGAGGGACAUGCAGGAUGGAUUCAAUGAUCCAGAGGAACUGAACAAGGUGCUAGAAUUUCAGAGUGAUGAACUGCUGUGGACUGCUCAGAAACAAGGUCUUUGGUCUUUGGAAUAUAAAAGAGAACUGACAAGCCCACUGUGUAUCGCUGCUGCACAAGGCUUUAGUGAAUGCCUGCAGUACUUGCUGGAGCAUGGUGCACAUCCCAACCUUAUUGCAGGAGGAAAAGCAGCACUUCAUGAAGCCUGUGCAAAUGCCAACACUGAAUGUGUGGAGCUGCUUCUGGAAUAUGGAGCUAACCCUAACCAAAUGACAGAAGAGGGGCUGACUCCAUUACAUCUUUGCAGGACACCACCAUCAAUACGUUGUGCAAAAGCCUUGGUGAGACAGGGUGCCAAGGUGAACUUGCCUAGUGAGGAUGAAGAUGAAACACCAUUGCAUGUGGCAGCUAGACAUGGUCUGCCCCACCACGCACAACUCUAUCUACGAUUUGGAGCCUGUGUGAACCAUGUCAGCUCAUCAGGUGAAACACCACUGGGGGUUCUUUGUGGAGUAGCCCCAGAAAAGACAGCCAACAGCCAAGAUGAACGAUACCUUCAGCUCUGUCGUCUCCUCCUAGCCAAAGGGGCAAACAUUAAUUUGGCUGAUAAAGAACGCCGCAGUCCUCUACACAAGGCAGCUCGCAACGUUCAGCACAAGCUGGUGGAGCUUCUCCUGGACCAUGGUGCUGACAUUAAUGCCAUUGACUAUAAUGGGUGUUCACCACUAUCUAGUGUGCUACAAAGUUGUGUGGUUCGACAAGAGUGGGAACCUCAUACAAUUGUUCAGACCCUGUUAAACCGCGGCUCAAUUAAAGUAUGGCCAAAAGCACUGCUGAAGGUAUUAACAGCCUGCGCAGGAGCACCUAAAACUGUGGAAAUCCUAUUUAACUCAUACACACUUGUUCCUGUAACUUACAGAUGGGUUAAAGCCAUACCUGAGGAUAUUUUUUAUCUUCACAGACCCUUUUAUGAGUCUCUUUUUGCAUUGGAGUAUAAACCCCGUAGUUUAGCGCAUCUGUGUCGGUCUGCACUGAGGAAAUACUUUGGGAAGAACUGCUGCUCACUCAUUCCAAGGCUCCCUGUGCCAAACGCACUACAGCAGUAUCUUCUUCUGGAACCCGAGGGCUACAUUGACUAGUCCUUUGAACUUUGAAAGCCUUUUUUAAUGUUAUGCAUAAAUCAUUCUGAAUUUGACAAGCUGACUGUCUUUCAUUUCACCUUAUAAAAUCAGCUUACUGUGAUGUCUUUAAGAGCUCAUAAUAUCACCUGUAAUCCAGUUUAUAUUUAAGUGUAAACUCAUAUUAGCAUUACAGAAUAGAUUUAAGAUGACACAUUUUAUUGUUUGAUUGACUGUGUUAGCUGCAUGGUAUGCUACCAUCAUUAUUUUUCAUAUACACAUUUGGAUCAUUUAAUGUUUAGCCUACUACGUCAUUAUUUUAUUAGAACAUGUCUUUCUUGUUUGUCCUCCAAUAAAAUAAUAUACUUCAUCA